GCUCACGAACGAUUAGACAGCCAGACAGACCUGUUGAAAUCCAAAGACACACACCUACACCACAGCACAACCACAGCACAACUUCUGGAUAUGAAACACAAGCAGCUGUCAGAGGCGGUGAGUGCUCUUGAACAGGAGAAGGACGCAGCUGAGCUGUCCCGGUUUGAGGAAAGCCGGCGACGUGGAGAACUGCAAGACAAGGUCUUGCAGCUGGAGAUGGACAUGUUGAAAAUGAGGUCGACUCUAGAGAAAGGUGGCAACAUCCAGUCUGCCUCCAUCCAGAAAAAUCCUAGAUCUCUUAGCAGCACAUUACCGGUGACACAAGAAGACUUUUACAGACAGGGGAAGCAGAAAGCAGAAAAAGAGCUGAUCCGAUUGAAGGAGGCCCUGAGAGAGGCAGAGGAGAGGGCAGAGUUACUGGAGGCAGAGAGAGACCAGGCUAUCCAGCAACUCCACUCUUCAAAAGAGACUCAGCUAACAGUGUUGAGUCAAACUGAAGAGACAAAUCAAAGACUGAGUCACACCAUUCAGUCCCACAGCGAACUUCAAGACCAGCUGAGCGAGGCUCGUAGCAAGCUGGGUCAGGCUAGCCUGGAGAGAGACCUCCUGUCCACCAAGGUGCUGAGGAUGGAGGACAGUGUGGAGGACCUGAAGGCCAAGAUGUCUGGGGCACUGUCGGACAAAGAUCGACUGCUACAGGAGAAGGCAGACCUGCAUCAGAAGGCCCAGGGUCUGGAGCUGCAGCUGGAGAGGGCCCAGCGAGGAAGAGAAGGUUUCACUGACCAGGUGUGUGAGCUCCAUGACCAGUUGGCUGAGGCCAAGGCCAGCAUCUGCAAGCAGGGACAGGAGACCCUCUUGUUGACAGAAGAGCUGCACUCUGUUAGAGAGGUUAACGAGAAGCUCAAAGUUGAGCUUGAGAUGGUGAAACAGAAGCUUGAAACUGCUCUGAUACAGCAGCAUGAACUAGGGGCUGAGCGCGUGAUACACACCAAUCAGAUUGCAGCACUGGAGACCGAGCGCUCACAGCUGAUUGGAGAGAAGGAGGAGUUGCUUAAUACUCUUCAUCAGGAAGGGCAGGAAGAACUGGAUGAAGUGAGGAGGAGGUGUGACCAGCUCAGAGAAUUCCAGGAGGCCCUUGAGUCAGACAACCACACUCUGCGGGACCGCGGCCAGCACCUGGAGGCGGAGCUUCGGGAGAGGCAGCAGGAGCUGCAGGAGAAGGAGGCGGAGCGUCAGAGAAUGACGGCAGAGACAGCCCAGUCCACAGUGGAGCUGAGGGGUGUGGCCUCUCACUGGAGUGACAAAUGGCAGGAGGUUGCUUUGAGGUUGCAGUCCACACAGGGGGAGUUAGAGAGCCUCAAGCAGAACAACCCUGUGGAUGCGUUGCAAAAGGAGGCUUCUGAACUGACUGCAGAGGUUGAAAGGCUUAAGACAGAGAGCCAGAAAGACAGAGAUCAGAUCCAGAACCUUCUCCAGAACAGAGCUGAUUCGGAGGCCGAUCUGUCCAGAGUCAAGAAGGAGACGGCUUCUCUGCUGAGGCUGGAGUUGGAUGCCUGUAAACAGCAGUUAGAGCUGGAGGCAAACAGGAGCCAAAGCCUACUGCACACACUCAAAGGGAGAGGAAAAGGUAGGGAGACUGUGGACAGAGGAACAGAGAUGGAUGUACCACCAGAGACAGUGACACAGCCCGACACUCUGGACCAGAGGCCCUCGGGAACCAGUACCAGCCCAAAACAGGUCUCCCUGGAGGAGGUGGAUGGGGAGCUUGGCCUGGUGAAGGUAGAGCUGCAGAAGGUGUGGGACAUGCUGCGGGACAGAGACAGUGAGCUGGAGGAGCAACACCAGGAGCUUCAGUCAGCCAGAGGCCAGAUGAACCAGCAAAUUAGUGAAGUUCAGAGGCUGGAUCUGGAACUGACCGAGAGAGAGCAGGAACUUAGGGAAAAGGAGCAUAGCUUGAGGAGUCUGGAGAGACUGAGAGAUGCAGAGAGGACAGAGGCACAAAUUAAGAUCUCUGCUCUUGAGCUGAAGCUUGUUACACAGAAGGACCAGGCUGCAGAAGAAGGUCACAGCGCUGAGAACCAAGAGGACGUCCUCAACGCACUUCGGUCCCAGCUGGAAGAGAGCAGGAGGCAAGCCAGUCAGCUGGAGAAGGACAGAGACCAGGCGGUCCAGAGGCUGCAGACGCUGCGCCAACUUCACCAGAGUAAAGAAGGGAAGCCCCCUUUAGACAGGAAAAGGAAGGGUGAAAAAGAGGAGAAAACCGCUGCUCUGGAUAUUGUGGACCAGGAGAAACAGAGAAGACUGGUUACCGAGCAGCUAAAGACCCUGUUUAAAGAGCGCGAGCUGCAGGGGCAGACCUGUGACCUUUCGGCAGGAGAUCCGAGCGACGGGCGCACACAGCAGUCCACAGUCAUCAAGAAUGCAGUAGAAACUCUGCAAAGCCAGAGGAAGGAGGAGCAGCAGCAGGAGCCGCUGAGGGACAGGGGCCACCAGCAGGGGGCAGGACUGAGGCCGGAGCAGACGGAGCAGGAGCGGAGGGAGGAAGUGGACUGCCCAGACAGGAAGGAGGAAGAGCAGAAGGAGGUGGCUUGUCUGAGGGACCAGCUCCACAACAAAGCACAUAUGCCAAGCUAAGGUUCCAGCAGCAGAUCCAGGGCUUGCGUGCCGCAGCAGCCCAGCAUGCUGAGAGGAAAGCAGUGACCAGGGUGCCCAGACUUACAGACCCUACCCUGGAGGACCACCUGGGGGCUGGGACACCCCUCCUCUGUGGAGAUGGAAUUUAUCUGGCUCGACAGGUGGAGAUCUGUUCUAGUCCUGACGAGGAGGAGGAGUGGUAGAGGGGGGGCAAGUUACUUGUUGCAUCUCACAGUGGGAGAGCCCAGUGUGUGUGUGUGUGUGUGUGUGUGUGUGUGUGUGUGUGUGUGUGUGUGUGUGUGUGUGUGUGUGUGUGUGUGUGUGUGUGGGAGCAGGUACUGAUAACUGUGAUACUACUAUACUGUGACGACAGUACACACAGCCUCAACAUCGAACACCUUGGGCAAGCUUUGUGUGGAGGGUAAUGCUAUGCUUGCUGAUGAUUCCCAUCAUGGCACUUGAUUGUGGAGACAAAUCAGAGACUAAUCAAACAUUUUUCCAGACUAAUCCAU